UCAGUCAACCGCUGCGAAUAUUCGUUCUCGUUCGGAAAACGCCAAAUACGCUUUCAAACCAAAAUGGAGGAUUUGUCGGUCGAGGUGUACGGUGAAAAUGGUGCUUAUUAUAAGGCCAUUGUCACCGACGUGCUCGACAACGAGGUUCUAGUAGCCUUUGAAAAUGACUGGCAGCCAGAAUCAAAGUUUCCGUUUUCUCAAGUUUUCUUACCACCUAAAGACACUGGCAAACACACAGAAUUUACUGAGAACCAGGAGGUGGAAGUAUUUGCUAGGUCUAAUGAGAAAGAAGCGUGUGGGUGGUGGACUGCAAAUAUCAAGAUGAUGAGGGGUGAUUUCCUUGUGAUAGAAUAUCUAGAAUGGGAUAACUGUUACACGGAAAUUGUGCCUAAAGAUCGUCUUAGGGUAAAAUUACCGAAGACCCCAAUAGACAAAAACACAUUUCACAAGUUUGAAAUAACAGUACCUGAUGAACUGAAGGACUACCUCCACGACAUCCACAGCGCGAAGGUGGAGAACGCGCACAAGGAGUUCCAGAAGGCGAUCGGCGCCGCGCUCGUCUGGUACGUGCCCGAGCGCGCCGUGCUCGCCGUGCUCUCCCGCUGCGCCUCCUCGCAGCGCCGCGCCACCAUGCUGCAGGAGAUGCACUUCCGAAAUUUGACCCAGAAACUUAUGUUAUUGAAGAAAACAGAGGAGGCAGCGAGGCAGCUUGAAUCUACGAAAAUAAACAAUCAGGGCGGAUACACUGAAGAGUUCAGCGUGCGCGAGGAGCUCAUGGGUCUGGCGAUCGGCACGCACGGGGCCAACAUCCAGCAGGCUCGCAAGCUGCCCGGGGUCUCCAACAUUGAGCUCGAGGAACUCACGUGCACUUUCAAAAUAUGUGGAGAGUCGGCGGAGGCGGUGCGGGCGGCGCGCGCCGUGCUGGAGUACGCGGAGGAGUCGGUGCGGGUGCCGCGACAGCUCGUCGGGAAGGUCAUCGGCAAGAACGGGAAGCUCAUACAGGAGAUCCUGGACAAGAGCGGCGUCGUCCGGGUGAAAGUAGAAGGCGACAACGAGCCGCAGCCGGUGGGCCCCCGCGAGGACGGCGUCGUUCCUUUCACAUUUGUCGGUACUAAAGAAAACAUCGCCAAUGCUAAAGUACUUGUCGAUUAUCACAUUGCGCAUCUCAAGGAGGUGGAGCAGCUCCGACUGGAGAAGCAGGAGAUCGACCAGCAGCUGCGCGUGGUGCUGGGCAGCGCCGCCGCGCACCCGCCGCCCCCCGCGCGCGCGCGCCGCCCCCGCCGACCCCCGCCAGGUGGCGUGGGUGAAGAGCGCGGCGACGGGAACAGGCAUCGAGGUCGGGGGGGACACCGGAAUAGGUACACAUCAUCAGAUCGUGAGGACAGACGCGUGCCUCUCGAGAACGGCCGCACCGCGCCGCCGCCGCGCGCGCAGCGGGGCACCGACGUCAGACCCAACAGCGGGCGGCGGCGCGACGAACGGCGGCGACCCACCGACGACGACAGCUCCGCGCUCGACAGCCGGGACGUGUCCUCGGCCGACAGAGAGUCGGCCGCGUCGGACGAGCGCCGCGACCACAGGCGCCGCCGCAGGAGGCAAGGAGGCGGGUGGAAGAACGGCGUGAGCGGGGGCGGGGCGGGGGGCGGGGAGGCGGCGCGGCGGGGCGCGGGCGGGGCGGGGGGCGCGCUGCUGAACGGCACCGCGUAGGGGCGCGCCGGCGCCGCCCGCGAGGCUCGUGUCCCGACUCUGCCGCCCCGAGCGGCCUCGUGCAUCGACUAGACUUACUCGUAUUAUGCUUUUGUAAGAGAUUCGUGAUUUGUAUUCCUGAUUAUUCGAUUAAUAUGAAAAUUAAACAUGUGUACGUCGCUCCCCCGGACUGUGCGCCUUUCGGCCGAAUGCGUUCUUUCGGCACAUUUAUGGGAGAUCGGACAUAGCGCAGUACAUACGUGUGUCGUAGCCUGUACUCUGUGGUUAUGUGAUUUCCUAUAAAAUAAACAUUUCUGUACAUAUUUUCAA